AUGGAACACCAGCAGCAGCAGCGUAAGCAGCGGGGCGGCGGCGGCGGCGGAGCAGUCGGGGCCAGCCAGAGUGCCGAGGCACCCUCGAGACGGGCACUGGGUCCCACCACCCUCCACUUUGUGCUACGCACGGAGCACGAGGCGCAGCUCUACGCCCUCCAGGCUCCUCCGUCCUCUGCCGGCAGCACCGGCCCCUCCGCGCCCGAAAUCGCUAAAGAUGACCGCCUGCGCCUGGAGGGUCCGCACGUGGUCGAGUUUAGCGCGGACGGGCGUCUGGGAGCCGUGGCCCACGGAAAGGGCGUGGCUGUCGCGGACUGCGGAGAGGGGUGGGCGGUGCGGCACAACCUGCCCGAGACCGACGUGGCGGCGCUCUCCUUCUCGCCGCGGGGCAGCUUCCUCCUCACGCUGGCGCGCCUCCCGUCGGCGCGUGUCGGGCAGCCCACCCCCGUCCCCGAGAAAGGCAACCUCUGCGUGUGGGACACCCGCUCGGGCCACCUCCUCGCCCACUUCCUCCACAAGAAGUCCGCCCUCGACGCCUGGCCGGUUAUCCGAUGGAGCGAGGACGAGGAGAUCGCCGCCAAGAUGGUCACCAACGAGAUCCAAUUCUUCUUCGGAAGCAACUUUGACCAAGUGACCAAGCGCAUCCGGCUGGAGGGAGUGUCCAAUUUUGCCUUUGCGCCGGGGACCCUCCCGCCAGUCGUGGCAGCCUUUGUUCCGGAGAAGAAGGGCGGGCCGGGCCAAGCCUCCAUCUACAAGUACCCCGCCGUCGACCAGCCCGUUGCCACCAAAACCCUGUGGAAGGCGCAGACCGCAGAGUUGGAGUGGGGUCCCAAUGCCUCGGGGCUCCUCGUCGCGGCCAAGACUGAUGUCGACAAGUCCGGCAAGUCCUACUACGGAAGCACCACCCUCCACUUUGUCUCUCCCCGAGCGGCCCCCGACGCCGCCCUUGCCCUCGAUGAAGAUGGACCCGUCCACGAGUGGAGCUGGAGCCCCGACGGCUCCAAGUUCGUGGUGAUCUACGGCUACAUGCCGGCACGUGCGACUUUGUUCGACGCCAAGUGCAACAAGCUCGCCGAGUUUGGCAAGGCUGCACGCAACACCGCUCGAUGGAGCCCGUGCUCUCGCCUUCUUGCCCUCGGCGGCUUUGGCAACCUCAAUGGCCAGAUUGACAUCUGGGACGUCAGCAAGGUCCUCAAGGUGGGCAGCUGCCAGGCCAGCUGCGCCUCUUCACUCGACUGGUCCCCGGACAGCGCGUACCUCCUCGCCGCAGUCCUCUCCCCUAAGAUCCGCGUCGACAACGGGGUGACCGUGUUCCGCUACAACGGCAGCGUAGUCGGCCACCUUGCGGUCGAAAAACUCUAUCAGGCGGCGUGGCGCCCUGGGCGGCUGGAGGAUUUCGCCCUCGUCCGAAUUCGUCCCGCCAAGACCGCCGCCGCCGCCGCCUCCUCCUCCAGCGGCGGCAGCCCCGGUCUCGGCUCUCGAGGUGGCGCAGCCGCGCCUGCAGGAGGCAAGCCUGCCAUCUACCAACCCCCGUCCCGCCGCGGCAUGGGCGCUGGCCCUGUGAAUGCUCUCAGGGAGGAGGACGAGGAAAGCGAGAAGCCGAAGAAGUACACGGCGCCUGGCCAGCAGGGGGGCAACAAGGAGGCACGCAAAAAAGCUGCCCCCGAGCUGCCUGUGGGCUUUAUCGCGGAGAGCAAGACCGCCAAGCGCAACAAGCAGCGUCGCCAGCGCAAGAAGAAUACCCGGUCGUGGUGCCAGGCCAGCGGCAGCAGCCCCACUGACUUACGCGUGGUGGGACGCACGCAUGGGCAGGGCGAGGAGGAAAGCGAGGCAUCGCAGCAGCAGCAGCAGCAGCAGGACGAGACGCAGGGCGCUGUGACGGCCGAGGACGCGGCCAAGAAGGCCAAGGCCAUCGAGAAGAAGCUGCGCCAGAUCGCUGGCCUCAGGGAAAAGCAGGCUGCCGGCGCCACGCUCGACGCCGACCAGCUCCAGAAGGUCGCCGCCGAGGCCGACCUUCGCGACCAGCUCCAGAAGCUCAAACUCUAG